GGCGCCGCACGUGCUCUUCGCCCUCGGGCGGAGAGGCCGCCUACCAGCCCCAGCGCCCUCCCGCCUCCGACUCUGCAGGCCCCGCGCUCCCCGGCCUCUCCGCGGGGAAGUGCGGGUGGCGCGGGCGGCUCUCUAGAGCCCGUGGGCGCCUGGCGGGGUGGUGGUCGAGCCUCGGCCGUCUUGCCCGGCAGAGGUGGGAGGCGGGAGGGGGAGUCCCGCAGAUCCGGCCUCGCGGCAGCCUCGUAACCUUCCCGCCGGUUCUAGGUCUGCUCCAGGGGCAUCCUUGCUUAUCCUACCUGCAUAAUCAUCUCCCUCUAGGGCCCUCUUUUUCCCUCCCUCACUGUCCGUCGAAGGCCUAGACUUAGUGAGGGUGGCAAAAAGGGCUGUACCUUGGGGGAGUAAGAUAUGUAUUUUCUCUGAAUUCUGGUUGCCGCUAAGGGCCUGCGAUUCUCUACAGGGGAUACAGCACUGGCCAGGCCCAGGUGGGGACCCACCUGACAGUGGUCACUGCUGCCUUAGCCUUGCUGCCCUCACGGCCUGGGGCUUCGGCCCUCAAGCCGAUUUGAGAGCCAGAAGCUCCCCUAGGAAGCCCGCUUCUCAUUCUGACCUCCCAGAGAGAUGCCUGGGGAGGGGCCAAGUUUAUAUACUGGGGUUGGGGUGGGGUCCUGUGCCCACUCCUCUUGUCCCUGCAGUCCGUCCUUCCGGUUCCUGUCUAUUCGAGCCUCCAGUCGCAUCAUGCUUCCUCUUGCGGCCCCACAGGCUCAUUCAGCCCCGGUUUUUCCUGCCUCAUGCCUUUUGCACACGUUGUUCCUGCUGCCUGCGGUGCCCUCCCCACCUCCAUUACCUUAGCCAAGUUAGCACCUAGGGGAAGUGACCCAUCAGACUAAGUCAGAAUUUCCUCGUUUAAGUGCUUUCAGAGUUUCUUGUGCUUCGGUGCUAUUAUCACAGCUGUAAUUUUGCAUUUGUUUUUGUGGUCACAUAACUCUCUUCUCCAGUAGACUGCUCCGUGAAUGCAAAGUCUGUGUGUACUGUUCACUACUGUAUCCCCAUUGCUUGGUUGAGCACCUGGCACCCGUGGCAAUCACCCAUUACAUGUUUGUGGAGUGAUUCAUACAUACUACACACUCUGAAAGAUGAAUGGAGCUUCGGGGGGCAGGUACUCAGGUGCCAUGGCGACUUUGGCCCCGCUCCAAGUCCCUGCCAGAGAACACCUGGGGUUGGAGCAGGUCUCUGGGCCGGGACACGCGGAUCCCCACCCACGCAGGCGCAUGGUAGGAGUCUGACUUCCCCCGUUCCCUCCCUCGUUCUGGGAGGGCCCCUUCCUCCUCCUUUGGGCACCCUCCCUGCCCACUGGGCCUGGACCUAGACCCUCCCUUGGCUCCACACUGUGACCCUUGCCGGUCUCCGGCAUGCCCAUUGCCAAGGUAGUGAGCAAACACUGCCCAGACCGGGCCCUGCCUGAGGCUCUCUGGGGAAGGUUGUAUAUCACCUUAGUCUGGGUCCCUCCCCCUUCUCCAUACUGUCCCUCCCCUUGAUUUUCUUUUCUAUUAUUAUUAUUACUGUUUUGGCCACACUGCGUGGCUUGCAGGAUCUUAGUUCCCUGACCAGGGAUCUAACCUAUGCCCCCUGCAGUGGAAGUGCGGAGUCCUAACCAUAGGACCUCCAGGGAAUUCUCUCCUCCCCUUGAUUUUAGAGCCAAAGGGGCCUGGUGACUGUCUCACCCAACCUUGUGGUCCAUGUGCCUGAGACACCCAGGGGUCCCUGGGGGACUGGUGUGUGUCCUUUCAGGAGGCUGUGACGUUUGGUGAUGUGGCUGUGCACUUCUCACGGGAGGAAUGGCAGUGUCUGGACCCUGGCCAGAGGGCCCUCUACAAGGAGGUGAUGCUCGAGAACCACAGCAGUGUGGCCGGACUAGCAGGAUUCCUGGUCUUCAAGCCUGAGCUGAUCUCCCGGCUGGAACAGGGGCAGGAGCCAUGGGUCCUCGACCUGCAAGGAGCGGAGGGGAGAGAGGCAGCCAGGACCUCCCAGGCAGAUUCUACAAUCGGGACCGAGAGUGAGCAGGCCUGUGAAGACAUUGACCGUCUAAAAUCAGAAUCCCAUGUGGUCAUGGUCAAAACCCCGUCCCAGGACUUUCCCCAGAGUCCUGGCUUUGGAGAUGCCUCUGAUCCCGAGGUCUGUUCAGAGAGUCAGCCAACCUCCCUCUUCCAGAAAAACUGCUUGAAUAUAGGGACUGUGGCUCCCAGGGAGACCUUCGCUGAGGAAGAGGCCCAGGGGUGUGGCGAGCGGGGGAGUGGUGGCCGCCUGGGUUGUCGACGUGAUCAAAGUCAGGGGUCCUUGCGAAGAUGUGACAUCUGUGGUAGGAGUUUCCGAUCUACUUCAGAUGUCUCUCUGCAUCAGGAAAUUAAUACACAGAAGAGACCUAACAGCUGCCAGGAGUGCCAAAAAAAAUUACCUGAUUGCUUACAGGGGAGACAUCUGAGUACCUUGCAUGGCGAGAAGCCGUAUGAGUGUGAGGAGUGUGGGAAGGUCUUCAGGUUGUGCUCACAGCUUACUCAGCAUCAGAGGAUCCAUACUGGAGAGAAGCCGUUUAAAUGCACCGAGUGUGGGAAGGCCUUUCGUCUGAGCUCGAAACUCAUUCAGCAUCAAAGGAUUCACACUGGGGAGAAGCCCUACAGGUGUGAGGAAUGUGGAAAAGCCUUUGGUCAGAGCUCUAGCCUCAUCCACCAUCAGAGGGUCCACACGGGAGAGAGGCCCUAUGGCUGCCGGGAGUGCGGGAAGGCCUUCAGCCAGCAGUCUCAGCUGGCCAGGCACCAGAGGACCCAUACGGGAGAGAGGCCCUACCCAUGCCAGGAGUGUGGGAAGGCCUUCAGCCAGAGCUCAACCCUAGCUCAGCACCAGCGGAUGCACGCUGGGGAGAAACUUCAGCUCCCAAGAGCCCCGGAUAGCCCCAGCCUGGUUGCACAUCAGAGGUUGCAUGCUACCGAGAAACCGUUUAAGUGUGACGAGUGUGGGAAGGCUUUCCGGUGGGUCUCCCGCCUUAGUCAGCAUCAGCUGACGCAUACUGGAGAGAAACCUUAUAAAUGCAACAAGUGUUCAAAAGCCUUUGGUUGCAGCUCACGGCUUAUUCGCCACCAGAGAACUCACACUGGAGAAAAACCAUUUAAGUGUGAAGAAUGUGGGAAAGGCUUUGUCCAGGGCUCACACCUAAUUCAGCAUCAGAGAAUUCACACUGGAGAGAAGCCCUAUGAGUGCAGUGACUGUGGGAAGGCCUUCAGCCAGAGCUCAAGCCUCAUUUACCAUCAGAGGAUCCAUAAAGGGGAGAAGCCCUACGAGUGCCUCGAAUGUGGAAAAGCCUUCAGUAUGAGCACACAGCUCACAAUACACCAGCGGGUGCACACGGGGGAGAGGCCCUAUAAGUGCAGUGAAUGUGGGAAAGCCUUCAGUCAGAACUCCACCCUUUUCCAGCACCAGAUCAUUCACGCUGGGGUGAAGCCCUAUGGAUGCAGCGAGUGUGGGAAAGCCUUCAGCCGGAGCUCGUACCUCAUCGAGCACCAGAGGAUCCACACUCGAGCCCAGUGGUACCACGAGUAUGGGAAUACUCUGGAAGCUUCUACCCACGUGAGCCGUAAGAAAGUUAAUACUGUAAAGAAACUUCAUAAAUGUAAUGAAUGUGAAAAAAUAUUCAGAUGGCGCUCGCAUCUAAUUAUACACCAGAGAAUUCACACUGGAGAGAAACCUUAUAAAUGUAAUGAAUGUGGCAAAGCUUUUAAUAGGAGCUCAAGGCUUACUCAGCAUCAGAAAAUUCACAUGGGAUAGACCACUCACCUUUACGAAUGUGUAUAAAUGUGAAUAAACCUACAGCCUUAACUUAUUAUGGGAUCAUUUAUACUGACGGUUUAGAAUGUUGUGAAAGAUUCAGACUUGCUCUCUUAGGAGAGAGAACAUCCAGAUUCACAUGAGGUAUAUGUUUAUUUGCUGGCACGUUUGACUUUCAGUAAAGCCCGUGUCCCUCACAUCAAGGUGCACAUGUGUAGCAUUUGAGUUCACAGAGGGAAGACCCCAGGUCCUGCGGACGAGGAAGAGGCAUGAGAAAAGCCCCAUGAGCCCCGCCAGACGAGUGGGUUGAAAGAAGUUACCCAGGACGUCUUCCUUAAGCACCAGGUACUCAGACUGGCUUCAGCAGCAAGAUAUGCUCACUCGUGUCUGCAGGGCCCCAGGCAGCGUGGCCGGUCCCCCUCACCUGACUACCCCGGCAGGGCCUCUGGGGAGGAGCUGGCUCCAGCAGCAGUGCCCGGGCCCGGGGACAGUGUCACUGGCCCACCCUACGUCCAGAGCCCAGCUGCUUUGGUUACAAGGAUCAGAUGCGCAGCCCUCACUGGGAUUCCCAGCCCGGCCCUCAGCAUUGUAGGAGACUCACCUCAGUCCCGAGAACACCACCAGAGGCUGGGAUGUGUGUUGUUGGCUGCUGCUGGCCAGACGUCCUCAAAACUCCAGCCACGGGGACUGCCCAAACUGGGGGGUCUGCGAGCAGACACACGAGCCCGUGCCUUCUCACAGGCCUGAGGACGGUGGAGAUGCCUGCUCACCAGGAUCAGUGUGUCGGCGUGGUCUUGUGGGCCCCACAGGUCCCAGGGCAGAGGGCCCCACGGGUGCUGAGCAACGGGUGCGCGUGAGCGAGCCUGCUCCGCCCACAUCACCUUCUCCCUGGGUUUUCUCUGCCAGCCCAGCCUGGAGAAACAGCCAGGGUAGAGUGGUCAGGGCCCUUGGUUUCUUGGCACGGGUGGAAAGAAUGUGCAGGGGAGAUCACCGCUCCGCCCACCCCUCUGGUGAACCUGACUGACAGGCUGGGGCUGCGGAGCAGCUCACAGAGCAUCUCAUCAAGGCCUGUGAGCCACAGGAUGCGGCUGACAUGUAGCAUCAAGUCCAGCCCUGCUUGGGGCCCUGGACUCGGCAGUGGUGACUCGGGACCAGGUGUGUCAUUUGCACAGGCUGCCACCCAGGACCACCCCCCGAGACCUGCCAAUCUUUGGUGCCAUUGCCAAUAAUCACAGGCCAAGGGCGGCCUGCCACAGAGAAGCCACUUCUCCCAUGUACGGACAGGUGAACCUGAGGGACAUAGGUCACUUCAGGAUUUAUUGCAACACGACUUGGGUCACCAUCACACUGGUUGGGUGAAUCCCAGAUCGCCUUGUGCGACAUGGCCCAGAAUCAGCCCAUGGGUUUGUAUCAGGGGAAACUGCUGCUCCGUGUGUACUGGAGGGCCUGGUGGGGCUGGGGACAGUGGAGUUCAGGGUGGCCGAGUUCACGUGAGUUUUCGUUCUCAGCACGUAGACAGGGACUCAGCCCCACGGCAGCUCAGCCUGAUCUGCCAGUUCACCUGACAAAAGGUAUGACGUGUUCUCAGGUUGUAGUGUUGUCUCUGGGGAUGAGGAUCAUCCCCCAACCUGCACCUUCGGGGGUGUUCCCGCCCUGGGCGGAGGACACCAUGCAGUCAUUGUGCCCCUGCAGCAGCUGUAACCCCACCUCCCUGGCCGUCCCCUGCUCCACCCAGAGCUUGUGUCUGAAGGGUCAGUGCGAGAGCGCAGGGACUUCUACAGGCUGUGCAGAGAUCAUGUUCCCGCCUCGGCUGGUGUGCUCAACCAGGUGGCUACCGCCAUCAGAGCCGGGCAGGGUGGGCACAGGUGAGUGGGCUGCAUCUUAGGCUUUGUGAGCCACCCAAGGGUGGGACAAGAGUCAGGGUCCCGGUGCUCGUGCCACACGCGCCCUCCACUGGCGCCUGGUGCCACCAGGUGCUGGAAGGGCCUCCCGAGGCCCCGUGCUCUCGCCUUCUGGCUCUGUGAAGGCUGUUUGUCGCUGGGUGUGCCGUCCCCACAAGGGAUUUGUCUCCUGGCCACUUUCUGGUAAUGAUGGACAAAGGGGUGGAAGGCCUCUGGACUCCAGGUUCUGCACUGGGUAGGAUGCUUCUGUUUUCCCCUAACAGCACUUGCAGGCUGGCCAAAAAGGGCCAGAGGGACCAGCCUUAAAGCUGUUUCAGCACCUGGAUUCUUUCUGGAUCAGCACAGUCCUAAGUCGGGCUGGCUGACUGUGUGGCCCGUGGGCCAAAUGCGGACCUGUGCCCACAUCUGUGAGGCCUGCUGAUCAGCCUGAAGGCACUGGGACCUACACGGCCCCCAGAACCUGAGCCAGAGUCAGUCCUGUAAAUGCCCUCAUGUCCAGGAACUCAAUCACAGACAGCCAAGGAGUAAGGCAGCUGCUUGAGCUGUAGCCCAUCUGACGCUCCGCCUUCUGGCUCCGCCUCUUGGCUCCGCCUCCGAGGGCCCUGUGGGCUCCUGAGCGCUUCAGCUUUUGGUGCUGCUCCCAACCCAUGGUUGCUCGGAUCAGCGUCAGGGUUUUAAUGUGCCUGCUUUUACCUUUUAUCAGGCCACGAGCUAAGGGUGGGUUAACGUUUUUACGUGGUUGGGGGGGAAAGACUAUUUUGUGACAUUUGAAAAUUAUAUUGAAAUCAGAUUUCAGUGUGACCAAAUAAAGGUUCUUGGAACACAGCUGGCCCAUUUGUUUGCCGGUUGCCUCUGAC